GACGACCGUUGUACAUCCACGGCGCAAGAUUGACGCAGCAAAAGUAGCACCAAAAACAAGCCAGUGGCACCAACCCAACACGAACCGACGUAACAAUUGUGGAGUACUGUAAAUGCAAGGUGCUUAGAGGUCAGAGAAGGAUCAGACGUGGAUAUUGGUCUCGCUUCACCGCUUGGAUAACCUGGGAAUACGAGACGCGUCCUGGUGUUUUGGCACACUCAAAAGGGAGCUAAGGACACGCGGAGAGAGCGCGAGGAAGGAUUUAUACCCUUUUGUUGAUUGAAUUCACUCUUUUAGAUUUUACUCCAACACAUUGGAAUUGUGGGCAUUUUGGGGAUAUAUUGGCGGGUGACGCGGCUGCCCUGGAGAAGUGAAAAGGAUGGCAGCUUGGUUCACCUUUACCAUCGCAUUCAGCACUACGAUACUCUCACAGGUAUUUGGAUCUGGUGUAUUUGAGCUCGACCUUCAUGAAUUUAAAAAUAACAAAGGACUGCUGGCGAAUGGAAACUCGUGCAAACCCUACUGCAGGACUUUGUUUCGAGUGUGCUUGAAGAACUACCAAGUAGUGGUGUCGCCAGGUGACUGUAUUUUUGGAAGUGCCGUGACACCGGUGCUGGGGACCAAUUCGUUCAGCGCAAUGGACGGUGGCACUUUUAGCAGACCUAUUCGACUGCCGUUCAACUUUGGGUGGCCGGGAUCGUUUUCGUUGAUAAUUGAAGCUUGGCAUUCACAGUCUGCAGAUCAACCUGUAGACAUGAACAAUGAGGUAUUGAUCGGCUUCUUCGCCGUGCAGAGGCAGUUGGGCGUAGACAGCCAGUGGUCUCAGGACGUGUUGAGCAGCAAGCAGACAGAGCUACGCUACUCCUACCGUUUCAUCUGCAACGAGAAUUACUACGGAGAAAGCUGCUCCAAGAUCUGCACGCCCAGAGACGACCGGUUCGGCCACUACACCUGUAACCAUGACGGCCAGCUGUCCUGUCUGCCCGGGUGGAAGGGAGACUACUGCGAAGAACCGAUCUGCCUGAAAGGCUGCAGUGAGGGGAAUGGGAACUGUUCCAUGCCUGGAGAGUGUGUAUGCAGAGACGGCUGGCAGGGGAUGUUCUGUGACGAGUGCAAGAAGUACCCAGCCUGUAAGCACGGUACCUGCCAGCAGCCCUGGCAGUGUAACUGUAAGGAGGGCUGGGGAGGCCUGUUCUGUGACCAGGACCUGAACUUCUGCACCCACCACCGCCCCUGUGUGAAUGGGGCCACCUGCAUGAACACGGGUCAGGGCAGCUACACCUGCACCUGCCUGCCGGGGUUCACAGGGGUCAACUGUGAGCUGGAGCUGCAGGAGUGUGACAGCAACCCCUGCAGGAACGGAGGACUCUGCACGAACCUGGACCCAGGCUACGUCUGCUCCUGUCCCAAGGGCUUCGCAGGGACUCACUGCGAGGAGAGCCAUCUGGUUUGCUCCGACUCCCCCUGCUUCCACCACGGCUUGUGUCACGAGAAGGACAACGGGCGCAGCUACGUGUGCGAGUGUCCCCGCGGCUACACCGGACUCAACUGCGAGAAGAGAGUGGACAAGUGCACGUCCCUUCCCUGCGCCAACGGUGGUCUGUGUGUGGUCCACAGUGGCGUGCGUGUGUGUAGCUGCAAGGCGGGCUUCGCCGGCAUGCACUGUGAGGUCAACAUCAACGAGUGCGCCGGUAACCCCUGCAUCAACGGAGGCACCUGCCUCGACCGCAUCAACGACUACACCUGCGCCUGUCCCCCAGGCUACGCCGGACGCAACUGCGACAGACCCCUCGAGGAGUGCUCCCUCCAGCCCUGCCUGAACGGGGGUGUCUGCACCGGGGGAGGGGGUCCCGGGAAGACCCCUCCCACCUGCAUCUGCCCCUCAGGCUUCACCGGCCCCCGCUGCCAGUACUUUGCUGUGACCCUGCCAGUGGGCGGGGAGAUCCAAGAUGGCUUCCAGUGGGCAGCAGUUUCCCUGGCUGUGGGCCUGGUGGCCCUGCUCAUGCUGCUGUGCAUGGUGGGCCUGGCCCUCAGGCACAUCCACAGGCAGGCCAACCGGGAGAGGGGAGACGGGGAGACCAUGAACAACCUGUCUGACGUCCAGAGGGAUAACCUGAUACCCGCCUCGCAGCUGAAAAACAUCAAUCACAAAGUGGGUCUGGAAGUGGACUGCGACUCGGACAAGUCAUACUUUAUCCAUAAGAACUAUCACUUAGACUCUUACAACUCGAAGUCGAAAGAGUUUAAGGACGACAAAUCGCAAGAGGAUAACAGUCACGUCUACAACAAGUGUUUAGAAGAGAAAAUACCCUUAAGUAGAAUGUACAGUGAUAAACCGGAGUGUAGGAUAUCAACGAUAUGUUCCACACCAGACUCCAUCUACCAGUCUGUGUUCGUUAUAGCAGAAGAGAGAAGAGAGUGCGUCAUAGCGACCGAGGUAUGAUUCUGAGAGGGGUAUGCCAGCAAAGGAGAAAUACACAAUCGAAGCAGAAUAUUCUAUUCUGGAUUGUUUACAAAACCUGAGAAGAGACUGGAGAUAGUUUGUGAUGUCCACUGCUGUUCUGGAACACUUGAGAUCUGAAGAAGAGGAAAGCGAACUGUACCCUCUUUCAGACUAAGAAACGCGCUGAGAACUUGACGUAGACUGAGCGUUUGUAUACAAAUGUGUACACAGUCAUGGACCUGUUCACUUCUGGGAACGUUGAACCCACACUCGCUGCACCGGGUGUGGGGACUGACAAGAGGGGGUUCUGACCCGUCCUUGGCAGCCAGGGGAGGUGUCGGAGGAGAACACCUCUUAUUCAUAGUUGACCCUGCCUUAUGGGAUAAUCAUGGUGACUGACAGCCAACCAAUCAAAAGGAGGUGCUUGAAAUUCAACCCCCCCCCUGCUCUCCCCCAAAAGCUUCUCCAGCUAUGCAAGACUCAGGGUUGAGCUGACCGAACUCAACGUCACCCAUCAGAAAUUAACCACACGAGAACUAUGAAUGUCUAAACAAUUUUCAACUGUCUAUCAACCGAAAAUGACAGGUUGGACUGAAGAUUGUAUGCAGCCCAAAAUCACUAAAAGCCUUAAAAGAGAGGAUUUAAAUGCUAAAUGUGUGCCCUUGUCUCUCCUUGGAUCAUUUGCACUACAGAAAAAAACAGGGGAAAAUACUUUUUAAUCAACUGGGAUUUUGAGAGAAGAACCACAGAA